AUGGACAGCGGUCAAGCUGUGGGCCGAGUGGAGGCGGAGGAGGAGGAGACUGCACCAAGACCCAACGCCCCGGAAACAGAACCACUUCUCGGACAACGUACCUCCUCAGUGUCACAUACUACUCAGCAACUACCAAAACAACUCACCACACGGCAUGCGUUCGCUGUACUUGUCACACUCCAGAUAGGUUCAGGCAUCUUUGCUUCACCAGCCCAGGUCGAUAGCCAUGUACCAUCACCCGGUGCCGCCCUGCUUGUCUGGGUUCUUGGGGGCUUGCUUUCAUGGGCAGGAGCCGCAUCUUUUGCGGAGUUGGGUGCUUCUUUGCCUCUUAAUGGAGGAAUGCAAGAGUAUUUGCGGCAUAUUUUCGGCGACACGGCUGCUUUCCUCAUGGCUUGGAUCUAUAUUAUGGCAGUUAAGCCGUCCUCUAUGGCUAUUCAAAGCAUCGUCAUCGCAGAAUCGAUAGGAUCAGUCAGUUCUGUUAGUGCCCACGGCCCAAUGGACGCGGGCCUUCUCAAGCUUAUUGCGGCUUUCGCCUUCGUGUCCAUGGUAUUGCUCAAUUCUAUCAACACCAAGUUUACGAUGCGGUUAAGCGAGUCCUUCACCAUCUUCAAGCUUUCCACCGUGGGUUUAAUAGUCAUUGGUGGGAUCGUUGCAGUCAUAGCCCACAUCGCAAACCCCCAUUCUUCUCUUUCGGGGUCCAGUGACUGGUACUCCAAAAACUGGUUCCAAACUCGAUCAACCGUGUCAAAUGGUCAUACGGUCGACUGGACAUCAAUGAACGCAUGGGAUCGCUACGGAAAUUACUGUGCGGCCAUAUACGGAGGGUUAUGGGCGUAUGACGGUUGGGACAAUGCCAACAUCGUUGCGAGCGAAAUUCGGGAUCCUGGCCGUGCCCUUCCAAAGGCCAUCAAGGCUGCUAUGGUCGUCGUGCUCGUUUCAUUUGAGCUUGUCAACGUUGCUUAUUACAUCCUCGUGCCGUGGGACAAACUGAGUACAAAUAACGCUGUGGCCGUUGCUGCUGCGACUUCUCUAUUAGGUCGGCCUGCGGGCAUUGCUGUUACGAUCCUAGUUGCCGUUUCGUGUGCUGGCUCUAUCACAAGCAAUGUCUUUUCUGUGGGUAGACUGACAUUAGCCGCAUCCCAGCGACACUAUAUGCCAGCAAUCUUCAGCAAGCGAGGACUGCCGAUGUUUUGGCGGUCAGAAGAAGACGGCGAUUGUGCAUCUUCAAGCUUCGAUGCUCCAAUAUAUGCGAACCUGUUGGCUCUCAUCGUGACCCUAGUCUACAUUCUCACGGGAAGUUUCCGAGCGCUACUGACUUUUGUUGGUAUGGCUGAAUGGGUCUUCUAUGUAAGCACUGUCAUUGGCCUGCUCAUACUCCGCCGUCGAGAACCUCAGCUCGAUCGGCCAUACCGCACCAACAUUGCCCUCCCCAUCACAUUCGUAGUUGUCGGCACGCUAGUCAUAAUACGUUCUGCCAUGUUUGCACCGGUUCAAAGCGGAGUGCUUGCAUGUCUGUUGGUGGCUGGUACCAUAAUAAGCAAGCUUCGUAGCAGGUGA